AAACCAUCAGUGGUUUACCAAACUAACAUAGUACAACAUGAAGCUGUUCUUUGUCGCCGCAUUCUUAGCUGUUGCUGCCGCUGUACCAUCCAGCUACAAGCCGGAAUACAAAGUUCCCAGCUAUCUUGCCCCAAGCCACCCUGCAUCAAAGUACCCUUCACCAGCCUACCCUGCAUCAGAUUACCCCGCACCAGCCUACCCUGCAAAAGCCUAUCCUGCAGCAAGCUACGACAAGGAUAACAAAUACGCCGACAUUACCAUCACUAGCCAAUCUGACGAGCGCAACCUCGAUGGCAGCAGCCAAUGGAGCUACGCCCAGUCUGACUACACAACUCGUACAGAGUCUCAGGUCCAGAAGAUGAUGCAAGGAGUCACCUACGAUUCUUAUGGCAAAGAAUCGUACGGUGAAAUGCUAGGCAACACCAACAAGGGAUUCUCGUACUGGGUUUCUCCCGAAGGCCAAAAAUUCACUUUGACCUGGGCCGCUGAUGAAGCCGGUUUCCAGCCCAAAGGAGAUCACUUGCCCGUCGCACCCGUCCACCAAUACGAACUUCCAGUCGCCCCUGUCCACAUCCCUUUCAACGGCAAAGGCUACAAGAUCUACUAAAUUGAUGAAACCUAAAUCGAUUCAAUGAUUUUAAGUCAUGCAUUCUAUGCCU